GAUAGUUGUUACAAUGUAUCUAAUAGAUUCCAGAAUAUUUCUAAAUUUCCACAAAGGAAGGCAAGGCUAGCAAGUGAAAUAAGAGAAUAGAUAACAACUUCAUUAAAAAGUGCAGCACUUGCUGCAACAAGUUUUUAAGUUGAAGACAAUGUGAAUGGGUCUUUUAAUUGAAUAGUUUAUUAAUUAGAUAUUAGUUGAUUGUCAUAUUGAUUAACUAAUUGAUUACAAUUGAUUUUGAUUGUUAGAAUUGGAGCCACAAUUGAUUUUUAGAAUUUAAGUUUGAUUCUGUAUCCAACAGAUUAUAAAGUGUAAUCAAUGCUCAAGAUAGGUACUAUUUCAUAAGUAUAAUCAGAAUCUUCAAGAUUGGAGAUAGAGAUUUGAAUCAAUUAUAGAAAUAUUUCUUCAGUAAUGGAAGUGGAAUUCAAUCUAACAUCUUGAGUAAAGGAGAGAAUGACUUCUUAGUUUUAGCCAUAACUAUUAGGAGCAGUAUUUAAUUUAAUUUAUGGACUAAUAUUAUAAAUGCAGACACUCAAAGAAUCUACAAGAUAACAUUUCCAGAAUUUUUCAAUAAUGCAAUCUGAAUUACAACCAUC